AUGCCACGUUCAGACUCUUCUAGCUGCUUCUCGGGAUUCAAGUCAGGGUACGGUAUGGUAAAGCCGCCGAGAAGAGAACGACCCCAGCAGCUAGCGUGCGACAGAUGCCGAGGCCAAAAGCUACGGUGCAUACGAACGCAAAAUCCCAAUGAUCCGUGCGAGAGGUGUCAGAAGGCCGGUGCAACAUGCAUCAUCGAUUCAUCUGUGCGCAUGGGCAGGCCCAGACGUACAGACAAAGAGCAGCGAGAGAGCACAGGCAACUCGCACAACCCUCCCCAACAUACCAACAUACGCUCGCCAGCUUUGCCCACUACUUCAUCCCAACCGGCCUCCUCGAGAGGUUUCACCCCGAAUGGCGACACUUGGUCAGGGCAUGACCUCGAUGACGCGGUUGACCCGCUGUUAAGAGGUGUCACGGUUCAGUACUUGGAGGCAUUUGAUUUUGCUCUUUCUGGCGAGGGCACACUCGAGGAUCAGAACUCGUUGGAUAUACCACCAGACCACUAUCUCAAUUCGGCCCUGGAUCUAUCCUUGGACCCGCCCAUCUCAGCACUCACUAGAGAUGAAGGUGCCGCGAUCGAAUCGGCCACAACGGCCAAUGGUCCGGGCCGUCACCGGCCCAUGCGCCAAGAAACGAUGCAGGAGCUGUCAGACCUGAACAUGCAAGUGUACCAACAGUUGGGCAUUGUGGGCCCAAUGGCAAGCAAGUACACGAACAUCCACCCGGGCCUGGGCUUGACUGCCUUGGCUACGCCACCGGACGGGAGCCAUACACUCUCCGAUGCCGUAGUAUUCAUGAUGCACGGCCUGCAGACAUACCACAGGCUGCUGGUCGAGAUCCUCGGGUCUGGUCCGGGGCCGAACCACUCCGCCAUAUACGAUGCACACGAGCAUCCGAAGCCUAGUACCGUCAGUGCCAGCCUACUACUGAGCCCGGCCGAAGGGAUAGACGCCGAGGAUUCGACGGACCGUCGCCGCAUGUCCGAGGCAACAGGCCAGCCGCCGCGGAAAAAGAUCCGAUCAAGCAGCAACGGUACCGAGCUCACUGUGCUGCACGACUCGGACUCAUCCCACAGUGCUCUGCUUGACAUGCCCUCGAGCCUCCUGGUGCUUUCCUGUCACACCAACCUGAUGCACCUCUCUCGGGAUGCCUUUGCCGCCAUCCGAGCCGCAUUGCUCGCCACACAUCGCCAGAUCACUCUGUUCACAAUCUCGCUUCUCCACAUCGACGAGGUAUCGAUUCCUCCAGAUCCAGAUUUGCAGAUCAUCGUUCUCACACAGGCUGUACUACGGCUGAUAGAUAGAAUCGGACGCUUGCUGGGCUGUCAGGAUGACUGCGAGGUCGAUUCUGGCGGCGAGAGAUAUGAGGCCAAGCCUUGCAGUAUUGUAAUCGCGCCUCAGCUCGUUGAUCUCGUGUUGAAAGGAGAAGCAGGUGGUGAGGGCCUGACAGGUAGAGUAGGAAUUGAAGCACUGAGGGAAGAGAUUCGCAGGCUUCAUGAGAUUGUUUAUCAGCCAGCCUAA